AUGGCUUUUGCGGUUAGAGUGUCGUUUUUCAUCGUUAUUUUCGUAAUCAUGCAAAUACAAGUUUUGAUUAGUGCAAACCACCAAGUCCCUUGUUUCUUCGUAUUUGGGGACUCGUUAGUUGAUAAUGGCAAUAAUAAUCGACUAGUUACCGAGGCUAAGGUUGACUAUCUUCCUUAUGGAGUCGAUUUUCCUCAAGGACCUACCGGAAGAUUCACAAACGGCCGUAACACAGCUGAUAUUCUUGCUCAACUUCUCGGUUUCAACUCAAGCGUUCCACCGUUUGCAACUGCACAAGGCAACGACGUCAUCAAAGGUGUGAACUACGCAUCCGGAUCAUCAGGAAUUCGUAGUGAAACCGGAGAACAAUUGGGCGAUCGAAUCAGCCUGGACAGACAGCUGCAAAAUCACGAAACCACAUUUUCGAGCAUUUCUCGUUUGCUCGGAAACGACACGUCAGCAAAAAUACACCUCAGCAAAUGUGUGUAUUAUUUUGUAGUUGGAAGCAAUGAUUACAUCAAUAAUUACAAUAUGCCUGAGUACUAUACCACCAGCACUAAGUACAAUCCACAGGAAUAUUCCAGUAUCUUAGUCCAACAGUAUUCUCAGCAGCUUAAUAGUUUGUACAACAAUUUUGGGGCAAGAAAAGUAGUAGUUUCUGGGGUGGGCCCAUUAGGGUGCACGCCAGCAGAGAUAGCCAAGGGCACUAACGGAACUGCUUGUGCUGACUCCGUUAAUGACGCCGUUACGUUAUUUAACGACAAGCUGAAGCUUAUGGUUAAUGGGCUCAAUCAAAAUCUGACAGGUGCUGAAUUUGUGUACAAUGGCGCCAUGGAUUUGAGGCCUAAAGAUUUGAUUGCUCUUGGUAUAAGAAUAGUGGGUAAACCAUGCUGCAAAGUGUCGAGUAAGACAGGGCAAUGCAUAAAGGGAGAAAAGCCAUGCCUUGUUAGGGCAUUGCAUGCUUUCUUUGACAAUUUCCAUCCAACUGAGGUUGUCAACAACGCUGUCGCUGCUGCUACUUAUAUUCAAAUCCUCAAACUUCUUCAUUAA